CUGGUUAAAUCACAGAGGCUUUUUGAUAUCGAUAUGUUAAAGUUAUGUACUUUAUAUUUUAUUUUACAAAAUCAAUCGUUUUUUUAACAGAUAUAAAAAACACAAUUUAGACCGACCGCUUAUAAUUGCAAUGACUGGUUUAAACGACACAUUAAAGUUGUUAACAAGCGAUAGAGCCUCCGGAACGCCGCGGAGCGGUACUGCGCAUAAAUGGAACACCACGGGGCCGUACUGCGCAUAACAGGAACACCACGAGGUGGUACUGCGCAUAACCGGAUCCGAACAGGGUAGUGUGGCGGAAUAGUUGAAACACGCGCCGCCGAGCUCCACCAUGCAAACUAGCAGCUCCGUCCGCGUGCGGCUCCACUUCGACUACCCGCCCCCCGGGGAGGAGCGCCGCCGGGUCUGGCUGCUCGUGGACUUGGACCAGUGCCGCGUGGUGGCGGACCUGGAGCACGUGAUCCGGGAGCGCUUCUCCCUCAGCUCGAGGAGCGUGCUUAACCUCUUCAUCGAUGGCUGCUACCUGCCGCCAACCGAGAGCAUCCGUGUGGUGCGCGACAACGACCUCGUCAGCGUUCAGGUGGACGGGCGUUCUGCUGAUCCAGAGGAGAGGCGAUCCAGUAAGAGGAGUCGGCGACACUCGGAGGUUGAACCUGAAGUAACGGACGUCUUUACGGAGGGGAAGAAGAAGAAGAGAAGGAAGAAGACAGAAGGUCGGGAGGAGGAGAGCCAGCCCUGCCCCCCCGAGGAGGAGGAGGAGAAACACAUGAAGAAGAAGAAGAAGAAGAUGAGGAAGGAGAAGACAGCAGGGGGUCGGGAGGACGAGAGCGAGCCUUACCAGGAGGAGGAGGAGGAGGAGCAGGGCGAACACAAGAAACACCUGAAGAAGAAGAAGAAGAAGAAGAAGAAGAAACAGACGCCCACGUCCUCCAUCAUCCCGCUGACCCCAAGUGAGCAGCAGGUCAUCAAGAUCCCCAAACCAGUCCUUAAUGGUCCCAAACCAGUCCUCAAUGGUCCCAAACCAGUCCUUAAUGGUGGAGCAGAAGAGGUUUCCUCCUCGGCCUCCAGUGACAGUGAAGUGGGGGCCCCUGCUCCCUGUGUAACCUCCAAAGGGCAGAAGAAGACCCCCAGAAAGACCCCAGCGCCCCCCCGGGCCCCAGCGCCCCCCCGGGCCCCAGCGCCCCCCCGGGCCCCAGCGCCCCCCCGGGGGGCCCUGAAGGCCCCGCCAGCCUCGGGGAAACGCUCCCAGCCUCCUUCCUCUUCGUCCUCGUCAGACUCUUCCUCUGAGGAUACUCGAGCCCGGUCGACCGCCCCCCCCCCGGGCGGCCCCCGUACCCCCCUGUCCCCUCAGACCGCCCCCCCGCCGGGCGGCCCCCGUGCCCCCCUGACCCCUCAAACCGCCCCCCCGCCGGGCGGCCCUCGUACCCCCCUGACCCCUCAGACGGCCUCGAGGCCGGCUCUGGGGGGGGCCCCGGGGCCCUCAGACUCUAGCAGCGAGGAGGAGAUCAAGCUGGUGAUCAGACGCCCACUGGGGGCGGAGCCCUGCAUUAGCUCUAGAGGGCGUGGCCGGGGGAGGGGCCAGCCCCGCGGCGGGGGAGGGGUCAACGGGGGGAGGGGGGAGGGUUGGGUCGGGAGGGGGACUCCUCUGGACUACCAACAGGAGGAGCGGCGGCACAGACCGGCGCUGGAGGACUCGCUGACCCACCAGAGCGCCGCCGACCCCCGACCCAGGAAGGACUACAGCAGCCUGCCGCUGCUCGCCGCUCCCCCCGGCGCCGGGCAGAGGAUCGUCUUUAAGCUGCUGGAGCUGACGGAGAACUACACCCCUGAGGUCUCUGAGUAUAAAGAGGGGAAGAUUCUCCAUUUUGACCACGCCACCAAGCAGGUGGAGAUGGAGCUGCUGGCCUCAUGGCAAGCCCCUGCAGAACCCGGUAAGUUCGACCUGGUCUACCAGAACGCAGACGGCUCGGAGAGCGUGGAGUACGCCGUGUCCCGGAGCGGCUCCCGGGUGACGGAGCGCUGGGACUCGCUACUCGAACCCCGGCUGCUGCUCUAGAACGCUGCCAUGCUGCUCUAGAUCAUCCUCCUAUAUCGGCUGCUGCUCCUCUAGAUCGGCCCCUGCUGCUCCUCUAGAUCGGCCCCUGCUGCUCCUCUAGAUCGGCUGCUGCUCCUCUAGAUCGGCUGCUGCUCCUCUAGAUCGGCCCCUGCUGCUCCUCUAGAUCGGCUGCUGCUCCUCUAGAUCGG